AUGUUGAUUUGUGUUUAAAACCCAGACUUCAUAAACAUAACUGUAACGCAUACUACUAAAAUUUUAUACAAUUUGGAAUAAUAGAGAAACUAUUUAGAUAGGUUGAUUCAAUAAAAUUAGAUAUUAAUCUUUGAAAGAAAUAAACCAAUGAGGAAAGCAUAAUUUUAAUUUGAUAGACAUAAUUCAGCAGAGAAUACUUUAUAUCUAAAUAAUACAAUAAUACAUGGUCUUUCAAUUUUAGUUUAUGAAUGCAAUCAUAAAGAAUUUGAGUUUUAAGUUCACAAAUAAUCUGCUAAAUGUAUUAAAGUUCUAAUUUAUAAGAGAUUAUUCUUUUCAAUAAAAAUAAAGUAUAAUCCAUUCUGGUAGAGAUGCCACGAAAUGAUUAGCAUAGUAAAUGGUUACUAAAUUCACCGAAACUUAAUGAAUCUUAAACAGUAAUACCUCCUUUGCCUAAUUAAAUUUGUAGAAACUUUGAAUUUUAACAAGGUUGAUGGAAAUUCUUA